AACAUGGCGGCUCCCGUUAGAGGCAUGGCUGGAUCCAGCAGCAUAGGAAACACAACUAGUUUUCAGAAGAAAACCCGCAGCAAGCUAGUUUCUAUCCCUGGUACCAGACCAUCUGUGCAGAACGGACAGCUCUUAGUGUCGUCUGGCGUAAGCUCGCUUGACUAUGUGAUUGGUGGCGGCUUGGCAGUUGGAACUCUGCUGCUUGUAGAGGAGGACCGCUAUGACAGCUACUCCCGCAUGCUGCUCAAGUACUUUCUGGCGGAGGGAAUCGUGUGUGGACAUGAACUCUUCCUGGCGUCUGCCCGAGAUCAUCCUGAUCAGAUCAUGCAGGAACUCCCUUCUCCAAUUCUGGAUGAUGUGGCCAGCAUGAAAAUGAGUGAGGGUCAGUCGCAGCCAAAUGACCCAGACAAUCCAGACACAAUGAAAAUCGCCUGGCGCUACCAGAACCAGCCCAGAGUUCAGACUGCAUUGGCGUCCUCAGCAAGAUUUGGUCACUACUAUGAUGUAUCCAAGACCAUGGAGCCUAAGCUACUGCAAGCAGCAAAAUAUCACAGUUUCUAUCAGCUUCAGGAAACACCAGUAACCACAGGAUUAAGUCCUUUACCAUCACCUUAUCAUGCUCUCCUGAAGUCCAUCCAGACGCUCAUCCAGAAAGAGGGAUUUGAUGGCUCAGCACCGCAGUUGAGGGGUCGUAAUGUCCUGCGUGUGGGUCUCCAUUCUCUGGGCUCGGUCCUGUGGGGUGAUGAUGUCUGCUGUAAGGAAAACUCCGCCCACUGCCACGCCCUCUCCACCUUCCUCUAUGCUCUCAGAGGCCUGUUACGCACUUCACUCUCAGUGGCCAUGAUGACUGUACCCUCACACCUCAUACAGAACAGAGCUGUAAUGGGCCGAAUAAUCCGUCUGAGUGACACAGCCAUCGCUUUGGAGUCUUUCAGAGACUCAGAGAAGGAGACCAACCCUCUGUACAAAGACUAUCACGGUCUCCUGUAUGUCCGUCAGUUUCCCCGUCUGAACUGUCUGACCUCUGUCCCUGACACAAAAGACCUGGCCUUCAAACUCAAGAGAAGACAGUUCACCAUAGAGAGACUGCAUUUGCCUCCAGACCUGUCAGAGACGGUGAGUCGAGUGAGUAAAGCGGAUCUGGCAGCAGGAUGUGCUUCCACAGCCACAGGCAACAAGCACCUCCAUUUCUAGCGUUUUCCCAUCCGUCCCGCAGCGCCGCCGCUGUGAUGAUGUUCAAGGGCAGGAGAGAAGAGAGAGAGGAAGCGGCAUCAGGUCACACUCACACCUGCACACACACACACAGCCUUCAUUACACAGAGAUUAAGAUGGCACUCUGUUCAGGAGAUGUACGCUAUGGUACAAAAACUGACAAGAACCUGCUUUCGGUUUCUGGAUGAAGUGUGGAUGCGACGCAAAUAACAAUAAUGUUAGUUGGCUGCUGUUGACUUUUAAGUCCACUUCAAUGUUAGCAAAUGAUGCCAAUAAAGUUUCUAAAUAA